GGUGCAACCCUGAAACUCGACCCGCAAAUGACCUGCAUGGCGAACCACUGGCACUCGGCUGGAUUGAAACUGAACCCGCAGAUCACAGGCCUAGCUCAUCACCGCCUCCGAUCUAAAGCCUCCUAUCCGCUAGCCGAUCACCUGCGGUCCUUAUCGCGAGGUGCGUCAACACCCCCCUCCAUUCGCGCGUCUCAGAACCCUCCAGAAGCUGCAGCGGCACCUCCAGCGAUCGGCGCGCAGCGAGAAGGACCGAGCGGCGUUGUGACGAUCGCGCCGGUCCCGGACUGGCACAAGGCAUUUGGCGCGCGGAGUGUAGCAUUUGCGGAUGUUCACGAAGGGCUAACCCUGCGGAUGCGAGGCACUGGUUAACCUCCGUUCAGCGCAGUGGUCCAACGGAACGAGGCGGAGCUCCCCCACUUUUGAGUCCGCGCAGAAUCAAUCGCGCGCUGCUCCUCCGCGCGGCAUGGCGAGUGGCGGUCGUCCCGAGGGGUACAGCGAAGGGCGCGAGUGGAAGGCGCGCGUUCUGUCGACUACUGCCACGGGAGCCGUGCUGGGAGUGGCAGGCGGGGGGGCGGCAGCAGCGUUGGGAGCAGCGCCGCCAGCCGUGGCAGUGGCUGCCGUCACCAGCAACUGCUGCAUCGCUGCGCUCUGUGUGGCAGGCCUGGAGGAGGCAGUGCGGGAGGUGCGCGUCUCCCUCGCCUCUGACCCCACCAACGGGCUUCUGGGGGGGGCUCUGGCGGGCGCCCUGUUUGGCCGGCUGAGAGGCAGCAGGGACAUUGCCAUCCGGGCAGCUGUAAUGUUCGGCCUGGCUGGGGCAGGUCACCGGGCAGCGGUGGAAUCUUUCAAAGAGUGGCGCAUUCAGCAGCUCAUGGCUGCCCGCAUGGCAGAACACACAGCUGGCCCAGAUGCCCCCCAUGCAGACGUGGUAACAGACAGAGGUAUGGGAGAAGCCGAGGAGCGGAGAGCCAUGGGCACGGGUAGCGGUGCUGCGCGGUCCUCUGAGGCUGCUGCAGCAUGCACCGCAGCCUCCCUCCCAUCCGGAGCAGCUAUUGGCGCGCAGCCAGAGGUAGACGAGGCACUGGCGGGGAGGGCGGUCGGUGCAGGGCAGAGGGGGGGUGGGAGAGAGCAAAAGGAGGCAGCAGGGGGGGUUGUUGGGCAACGGGAGGAGCAUGCAAAGGGGGGGGGGCAGUGGGAGUGGCCGGAAUGGCUGCCAGUGCGGAGGCUGAGUGAGGAGGAGGUAAGGAAGCGACAGGAGGAUUUCAGACGGCGCGUGGCAGCAGCUCAGAGGCUGCAGGCGGUGGAUGGGGGGGAGUCAGGCAUGGGAGGCGCAGGGGAGAGGGGGAAGGGCGAGUGAUGGAUGGAACGGGGGGAUAAGCUCACCUUGACCUUGGGAUUCAACCUGCGCAUCCACACGCCACGCCACUGCUUGACCCGUGAAUGACUGCACCUGGUAGAUUGGGGAUCUCAUCUGACAACAGGCGAUGGAGGGGAGUUCUGUGUGUGUGGCAUCGCACGGACACAGCCCAUGCAGAGACGGCAAGGUGUGGAGAGAGUGUUAGAAAGAGAAUAUCACUAGAAUGGGAAGAUACAGAGCAAUAUAGACUAGUGUGUUGUACCCUCUAAGGCACAAACCUGUAUAGUAUAGUAACAAUAUAAGUUAUGUUUGACA